AUGGGCAACUGCACCAAAACCUUAGGCAAGAAGCUCUCCAAGGAGAAUAAGCAACCCUCAGAAGCUCUUGACUCCCCAACCUCUACUAGCAGCGACCUGGAUGAAAUGGCUGAUGACACACAGUAUCCACCUUUUCAGAAUUACUCAGUGCUGCAUGGCUUGGUGGGGCCAGCCUGCAUCUUCUUGCGCCAGAGCAUCGCCAUCACAUUGAUCGACCGAAAGCUGCGAGUGGAAGAGAUUGAAGAGCUCAAGGAGGCCUUUCGGGAAUUUGACAAAGAUCGUGAUGGCUACAUCAGCUAUAAGGACUUGGGAGAAUGUAUGCGAACCAUGGGCUACAUGCCUACUGAAAUGGAACUCAUAGAAUUAUCUCAACAAAUAACUGGAGGGAAAGUGGAUUUUGAUGACUUUGUGGAAUUGAUGGGCCCCAAGCUGUUGGCAGAGACAGCAGACAUGAUUGGGGUUAAAGAGCUGCGGGAUGCCUUCCGAGAGUUUGAUACAAAUGGUGAUGGGCAGAUCAGCAUAGCUGAACUACGGGAAGCAAUGCAUAAGCUCCUAGGGCAACGGUUGAACUACCAAGAGGUGGAUGAGAUCCUCCAGGAUGUUGAUUUGAAUGGGGAUGGUCUUGUGGACUUUGAAGAGUUUGUACGGAUGAUGUCUCGUUGAGAAAGACAAGCAGCAGUGCAAGGAUGAAGUGCCUUGAGAGGGACAACUUUACCCUGCCAUAUAUCCCAGCUUCAGUAAAUGCAGCCGUUAGGAGAAAAGGCAGCAAAGAAGAAUUUCCCACAUAUCCUGUGUUCCCUGCCUGGGGCCAAACAGCCACUCCUAAAAUCCAGAGAGUUCAACCAGUUUUACAACCUUUAAGGAUAUUGUGGAUCAUAACCAGAGGAAUACCCUAUCUCUGUACUAAAUAUGGCCAUGCACAUGAACCCCAACUUCUCUUAGAUUUCAGAUGCCAUCAUAUCUUGUUAACUGUUUGCUGUAACACUGAAAUUUCAUUAUAUUCAUUCCAAACAGGAUUAACCAAUGAAGCUCCAAAAUUGUUCUCUGUGCAUUUGUGAAAAUAUUCUAAAUACCUCUGUUCUACUAUAAGAAGGGCUGCUUCUCUUUAUU